ACAUGUUGACCACAGUGUUUCUGUCAGCGCUCCUGAUGCUGGGAGGUCUUGGAGGGGCGGCGGUGUCUGACCUCUACGGGAAAUCAAUCCACAGCGAUAGAACUUUGUUGGGGGGCGAAGACGUAAGACACACGGUGAGGAGACAGCCGCACCAACAAACAAAAAGUGAAAUGCGCAGGAGUUUGGAUCUGGAGAGCUUCAACAUGCGCGUGACCCCGGCCACCAGCAAGAUCAGCCUCCCGACCAUCAUCAAGCUCUACCCGCCCACUACCAAACCUGUCCACAUGCACGCCAACAUGCCCAUGCGCUUUGGGAGACAGAUCGACUCCAAUGAAGACAAGGCACCAAACUCCCCCAACAUGCCCCAGAGGUUUGGUCGCUCCAGGGGGCGAAUCUGCCCCAAGUGUCCUCCUGUCCGUAUAGAACCAAACCCAGAGCUGCCUCAGAGAUUUGGGAGAAGUAGUCUUUACUGGAGCCUCCUUAAGACUCUGGCCACUGAACGGCUGCUUAAAACUGGAUUGCACUGGGCUGAAGACUUUACAUCUAGUUCAGAGGUGGAAGAAAAAUCCUUUGAAGCAUGAAGGGGGAUACACAGGCCAACAAUGAGGUCGACUGUAG